CUGUUUAUUGACUGGUGUACUCAGGCUCUCCUCGAUAUCCCCAGCUUCACCCCCGCUACUUUAAUCAAUUUUCUAUCUUACCUCCACACGACUUAUCACUGGCAACCUUCUACCCUAAAAUUGGUUCGAUCGGCUGUCAAUCAUCUCCACUUCCACACUCAGCCUGAUAAUAUUUCCAAGUAUUCCUUGAUCAAUGAUUUUCUCUUAUCACUGGUCAAGCAGGAAGCUCCGCUACGUAUCCAUCGCUCCAAAGUCAGCCUCCAACCUGCCAUUGACUAUGCCAAGUCUAUUUCUUCAUCGACUAGCACUCCAUGGUCUCUAUUACAAUCAAAAAUGGCCUUUCUACUCGGUGUCACGGCUCUCUUACGGCCGUCUGAUCUGGCACGUAUAUCAUUGGACUCUUGUAAAGUCAUCGAGGAUCACUUCUCCUUUCAAGUGGUGGCACCCAAAGAAACUCGUCAACAAAGAUCAAUUAUCAAAGACUAUAUGGUCAAUUCUCAUUCGGACCCCGAUUUGUGUCCUGUACGCCUCUUCCAAGUCAUGCAACAACACCCAGCUUGGUCUUCAGUCGCUACACGUCCCUCUACUUUAUUUUUUUCAGGCGGCGCUGGCUCCUCCAUUUCCUCGAAUACCAUUUCUAAAUGGCUACACCGCCAAUAUAUACGAAAGAUCACGUCCAAAUCUACCACUCUACGUUCUUUAGCUUCGUCGGCAGCUAUGGAUUUAGGGAUUUCCAAGGAAGAUAUUGUUGCUCUUGGCAACUGGCACAAUUCACCGGUUUUUUGACAACCAUUACCGUCGUAAUCACAUGCUUUCGGUCAAUUUUACUACCACGCUCCUGACUUCUACAGGUACUGGUACUUCUGCUUCUGGAUUGGGUGCUUCUGUUAAAGACAUUCCGGAUGAGAUGCCUAUGGGUUCAACCUUUAUGGUCAUUGGUAAAGACUCGGAGUCCGAUGACAACGAGGUAUUUAUGGAUGCUGUUGAUUCUCUGGAUUAGGAAGGUUACCUCCCUCCUCUCUCAUUUCUUUAUCCCUCCCCUCUACACGUCGAGCAUUAAGAUUAAAGAAAAAAAAAUUUUUUUUCGCUGUUAAAUCAAUAAAAGAAGAUUAAAG